AGUUUUAAUGGCGGACAGUUAUAUCGGCAACCCAGACGGCGGGACGGAAAACAUUUUUUUUACCUGGCGGAUUUCGGCGAUAUUUGUGAAAGUUUCCAGCAAAUACCAUGGCGGAGUCAAUACAUAGUGAAAUAUCUGAAUCAAGCUCUAUGUCAGUGGAUGGUAGACGAUCAAUAGAUACUGUGCAUGAUUUUAAAUCUCAUGAUCCUGUUGAUAACCACGAUGAUGUAAUAUUGGAUGAGUUUAAAACACUAGAGGAAGUUAGAGAAGCAAUAAGGAAGCAAGGUCUUGAAACCUGCAACUUAAUAUUCGGCAUUGACUACACGAUGAGUAAUAAAAGCCAAGGUCAGAAGACCUUCGAGGGAAGAAAUUUACAUUCAAUAUCAGACACUUUACUUAAUCCAUACCAAAGAGUUAUUUGUAUAUUAGGAGAGACAUUAGAGCCGUUUGACGAAGACGGGAUUAUCCCUGUAUUCGGGUUCGGUGAUUUCAAAUGUAAAGACAAAUCUAUUUUUGAGCUCAGACCAGAGGCAAUUUGUGAAGGUUUCAGUGAUGUACUAGAUGCCUAUAUUGAGGUCACACCAACAAUUAAGUUAGGUGGACCGACAAACUUUGCACCGUUGAUAUACAAAGCCAUUGAAAUAGUGAAGGAAACAAAUGAGUAUCAUAUCCUAGUUAUUGUUGCCGACGGACAAGUUUCAUCAGAAAAUCCGACCAAAGAAGCACUAGUAGAAGCAUCACAUUAUCCGUUAUCAAUAAUUGUUGUUGGGGUCGGCGAUGGACCAUGGGGAUCUAUGAAAACUUUUGAUGACAAGCUAACUGACCGUCAGUUUGAUAAUUUCCAGUUUGUUAACUUUUACGAGGUGACGAAAGACGCGGUAAAUCCAGAAGCUGCUUUCGCACUUCAUGCAUUGAUGGAAAUACCAGAACAAUAUAGAUACUUAAAACAGAACGGUCUUGUUCGUUAGCAUAGCUGCAUAGUUACGUAGUAGCAUAUUUUAUUCACACGCGGCUCAUUUACUUUGCAAUCAAUAUUGUACGGGACAUUAAUUCUAUUAUAUAUUUGCAUAUCAUGACAUGUUUUCAUAAGCAUCUGAAAAAGUGUUCCUAUAGUUAUAUUGUGCUUGUGGUAAUCAGAAUUAGAAUGCGCUCUCUUUUUGUUUGACAUUUGAUAGAAAUAACAGGGAUUUCCACUUGACAAGUUUAAAAGAUGUUUUCGAAAAGGGACGCGUAUAAUUGUAUCACACUCAGU